AUGAAACUUGCCCACAGACGUCUGCGUGGACACGCAUGGAUUAUGUGGCUCUAUGUGCUCAAUGCACAGCACUAUGUCUUCUUUCUGCAGCACUGUGUGUUCAAUGCACAGCACUAUGUGUUCUUUUUGCAGCACUGUGUGUUCAAUGCACAGCACUAUGUGUUCUUUUUGCAGCUCUAUGUGCUCAAUGCACAGCACUAUGUCUUCUUUCUGCAGCACUGUGUGUUCAAUGCACAGCACUAUGUGUUCUUUUUGCAGCACUGUGUGUUCAAUGCACAGCACUAUGUGUUCUUUUUGCAGCACUGUGUGUUCAAUGUGCAGCUCUAUGUCUUCUUUCUGCAGCACUAUGUGUUCAAUGCACAGCACUAUGUGUUCUUUUUGCAGCUCUAUGUGCUCAAUGCACAGCACUAUGUAUUCUUUGUGCAGCACUAUGUCUUCUUUGUGCAGCACUAUGUGUUCUUUGUGCAGCACUGUGUGUUCAAUGUGCAGCUCUAUGUCUUCUUUCUGCAGCACUAUGUGUUUAAUGCACAGCACUAUGUCUUCUUUGUGCAGCACUAUGUCUUCUUUGUGCAGCACUAUGUCUUCUUUGUGCAGCACUAUGUCUUCUUUGUGCAGCACUAUGUCUUCUUUGUGCAGCACUAUGUCUUCUUUGUGCAGCACUAUGUAUUCAAUGUGCAGCAAUGUGUGUUCAAUGUGCAGCACUAUGUCUUCUUUCUGCAGCACUAUGGGUUUAUUGCACAGCACUAUGUCUUCUUUGUGCAGCACUAUGUCUUCUUUGUGCAGCACUAUGUCUUCAAUGUGCAGCACUAUGUAUUCAAUGGAACAGCUCUGGGGCAACUGGUCUGCAGUUAG